AUGUCUUCUUGUUAUCACAGGUUCUUUUCUAAGUUGUCUGGCCCUCCUAUUUUUGCUUGUGUUGUAAAAGCUGCAGCUUUUAUUUGGAAGAUUCAAGCUCCAUCAAAAUCUAUUUUCUUUGGUUGGAGACUCAUCCAUGAUAGAUUAGCAACCAAAGAUCAUCUUUACAAGAAGGGAAUCUUGGAUAUUUCCGAGAGUAAUUGUGUCUUUUGUUCGGAGGAAGAGGAGCGUUUAGCUCCCCUUUUAGGUGGUUGUCUUGCGGUGAAACCGAUUUGGUUGAAGGUGUUCGAUUGGUUAGGUUGCAUUUCAUAUUUCUCGUUGGUGGAUUUCAUCAUUUUCCCUUACAUCUCCGAUAAGGUGCACUCCACAGCUAAAAGGAAGAUUAUUGGAGCUAUUUGGCUGGCUACGUGUUGGCAUAUUUGGUUGAUCUGGAACGCGAUAAAUUUCAAGGAUGGAAAAUUUAGCUUCCUAGAUUGUAUGUCAAAAAUUAUAUUUAGCUCUUGGAAGUGGUUAUGUUCUAGCAGCAAGAUAGCAAAAAAUUGUAAUUUCCAUGUUUGGCACAUUUCUCCGCUUACUUGUUUCGAGUAG